UGUCGCUGAGCGUCUGAUUGAGCUGCUGUCUGCUGCGGUUCAGUCAUGAAAAACCUUCAUUUCAAGGAUUUCUUCUGGAACUCAGACCUGACCAGCACUGGAGGCUACGAUGCCAUUAUUCAGUAUCUCAACGACGGCAAGAGAGCGUGCAAGGAGGUGGAGGAGUUCAUGAAAGCCAGGGCAUCAAUUGAAGAGAAAUACGCCAAAGAUCUCCUCGGUUUGUCCAAGAAGGUGUGUGGACACAAUGAGAUGAACACACUGAAAAGAUCCCUGGACAUGUUCAAAUUACAGAUGGAACACGUGAGUCUAGCACACUUGGCUCUUGCACAGAAUAUGAGGGAGGAGGCCAAAAAACUGGAAGAUUUCAGAGAAAAACAAAAAGAAGCGAGAAAAAAGAUAGAACAGCAGAUGGAUGUUCUCCACAAACAGAAGGCCUCGCAGUUCAAGAAGACGAUGGAUUCUAAGAAGACGUACGAUCAGAAGUGCCGAGACAAAGAAGAAGCGGAUCAGAACAUGAACCGAAACACCAACAACACCAAGCAACUGGAGAAGCUCUACGCUAAAGCACAGCAGGCAAAACAGAACGCUGAAGAAGCAGACAAGUCGUAUCAGCAGAGUGUGAGCAUGCUAGGGAAGCUCAGAGACGACUGGAUGAAGGAACACAUAAAGGCCUGUGAGAUGUUUGAAAAACAGUCAGUGGAACGUAUUAACUUCUUGAGAAACACAGUGUGGACUCACCUCAACCAGCUGUCCCAGCAGUGUGUGACCAGUGACGAGCUGUAUGAGGAAGUGAGGAAGUCGCUGGAGCAGUGUGACAUCCAGGAAGAUAUCGAACACUUUGUAAACCUCAGACGGACCGGCGACAAACCGGCAGCUGCUGUUUUGUAUGAGAACUUCUACAGUGGUCAGAGGUCUCCGAUUGUAGCUCCUCCCUCUCGGCAGCCUCCACCAAUCACAAGGAGAGGGCGGCCACCACCUGAGCCAACACAAAACAGUCAGGAUGCAGUCUACGCCACGGUGCAGGACGCCGGCUACAGUCUUAUCCAGUACUAACGCACACAGAUCUGCCUGAGGACAUAUAGUACAUGUUGUGCAGCACAGACAGCGAGUUUACCGACUACAUGUCAUUACUUCCUCCUUUGUGAGCUCCUGUAAACAUAAGUUCAUACCAGACGCAAAGUUUGUGUCAUAACUGUGCGCAUAAGGAGUUAAAGGCGAGGUUGUGUGGCGUUUUGAACAUAUCACUGUGUUAUAAACAGUAUAGGAAAUGUCUUUAUUUUAUUUUAAGGAGAAAAAAUAUUAAAAUAAUCCAAAAGUAUGUAUUUUUCAAAUUUAAAAAAGGCUACAAAGGGGAUUUCUGAUUCAUAUUUUGCUGAACUUGACACAUAAAAGUGAUUAAACAAACCGAAAACAGUGACAUCUGUCUAAUUACUGGAUGAACUCCUACACAGAGCCUGGUAGUUACUAUUGUGUGUGUCACGCAGGGCUCUUUUCUUCUACAUAACUACAUCUUUCAGCCUCGUAUUUAUUUCUCCAAAUCAUCGCGUUUUAAAAUAGAGAUUGACAAAGUAGGACAAAUUUUCAUCUGUUUACUUGUUUUCAUUUCCUCCAUGUUGUGAAAGUCGCGUGUCAGCUGACAGCAAUCCUGUGAUUGGAAAGGGUCGCUUACAAAAUUGCAACACACUGUUUUCUUAAUUCUUCAGUGAACUGUCAAGUUUUAUGGUGACAUUCCGGUCAGUCAGAUGCAUGUGUGAUGAUCACUGGAGGAGUUUUGUUGAAAAUUUUGCACUUUAAUUUUGCUUUAUUUAUACAAAAAAAUGCACAAUUUGUAAAAAGAAAUGCUACAAAAUUUGGCUGCAUUUGAAGUUCCAGAAGUAAAGAUUCUCUAAUUGAUCCUGGUGUUGGUUUUCUGUUCUUCAGACUUUUCUGUUGACAGUAGUCCAAACCUUGUCCACCAAUUUAAACUGUGUUAUUACAUCUUUAACAUGGUGUAAUGUUCUAUUCUCACCUGUUAUUAUGUACAACUGUGAAUGAAUAAGGACAUCUCAUGGGAAUUUUCUUUUUUUUUUUUUUUAAAUAUUUGAACAAGCAAACAUUUGAUCCAAAAAGUGCCUACAAAUAAAGGUGGCUUUCUUGAACAAAA